AUGCAGUCUGUGGAGGGAUCCAAUUAUGCUAGCAAAUCUGGUGGAAGAUUGUAUUUAUAGCUAAAUGAUUCAGAUUUUUAAAUUGAAUCGACAAUAAUUUCAAAUAACAAGGCUUAAGAUGGAGGAGGAAUUUAUUUCAACUCUGAAGGAAUUUACUUCUUCAUAAUUUUAUUAAAUCAUUUUUACUAUUUAAUAUAGCGCAAUAAUUUGGAAAUAAUCUUAUUGAAUCUCCUCAUCAUUUAUCAUUGCUUAUCAACAAAAUGGAAAUGCAAACUAUUAAAUAAAAAGUUAAUUAAUAGCUUAAUUAUAAUUUAGCGCUUAAACCCUAUACAAUCAUUGAACAAGGAAUGA